UCGUAAUUUUUAAUUAUUUCUGAAUAUGGAGCCUUUAUUCCAAUUAGAUAUAGACCUUUUAUUGAUAAGUACGAAGCAGAAAUUGAUGCAGCAGCACGAGUAUUCUCAGAUCACAUGCAUAGAACGACUGUCCAACUUGUUCAAAAAUGGCGGCGCAGCAAGCAAAGAGGCGGUUCUCUCAAAGCUGAUUAAAUUCGAUAUACUUUCAACUGUAUUCGAACUCUUGCAAACUCCUAGUGAACGUCUUCUCCCAUGCGUCCUCGAUUUCAUAAACCUGAUAAUCGUAUACCGGAAGUUCUACGAGUACCACAUAGCGAAAGAAGCCACGGAUUCAAUCUUGAAGGUUACAGUCUGCAUCUUAAAGUCCCGCAGUAAAGAGACGCAGCUGAUACACAAGCUCAUUUCAACGAUUUACGAUAUACUGCAGAGGUUAUGA